AUGGCCACCCGCAUGACAAUGUACACGCCCACCAACCCCUCCGGCACCACCACCAUCAUCACCACUUCUUCCUCUUAUUCUUCCCCCCUCGCCUUCACCGCCAAAGAAGCCGCCAUCCUCACACCUUUUCAGAAACGCGUCUUUCAUCUCCUCAAGCAGAUUCCCGCCGGCCGCGUCACCACCUACGGCAGCAUCGCCCGCGCCCUGCGCACCUCGCCCCGCGCCGUCGGCAACGCCCUGCGCAACAACGUCUUUGCGCCGCGCAUCCCCUGCCACCGCUGCGUUGCCAGCACCGGCUACGUCAACGGCUACGACGGCGAGGUGAUUGAAAAGGCCACGUUUGCGCGACAGCGCGGGGGAGGACGCGACGAGGAGCACAUCACGGGCAAGGCGUCGCAGAGCAGAGCCGGCAGGGUCAAGGCCGGCAGGAACAACGAGAGGGCGCAGCCUCCCUCGGGGACGAAUAUUCAGCGCAAGCUCGACUUGCUCAGGACCGAGGGCGUCUCGUUUGAUGACAAGGGCAUGCUGAUGAACAAGUACAAGGUAUUGUUUGACGGGCCGUGGCAUGUCCUAGUUGAAUAA